AUGAAUUCACCACCGCAACAGGGUGACACACCAAGAUCCUGGUCAGACCUCCCGCUGGACCUUGCUGCCGCCGUGCUCCGGCGCCUCCCGCCACGGCCCGUCGACCGCAUCCGCUUCGGCGCCGUGUGCCCGCAGUGGCUCGCCGCCGCGCGAGAGAACCCAGCAAUGCCCCCGCACUUUCCCUGGCUCGCCUUACCCAACCGGACCUUCUACAGCCUGCCGGACACCUCCUUCCGGCCGUUGCAGGUGCACCUCGACGGCCACCGGCAGCUGCCGCACGCGCAGACCUCCUGCGGCGAGUGGCUCGUCUUCGAGCGCCACGACGGCGCCAUCACGCUCAUGAGCCCACUCUCCGCCGCCGCCGGCACCAUAGUGCUCCCCGGGCUCCACACCCUCAACCCUGACCACAACGACGUCCACGGGCCAGCCAUCCGGAAGCUAGUCGUGUGCUCGGGUAACCUCGUCGCCGCAGCGGUGGUAGACAAGCCGAGGGAGCCGUACGUCAAGCUGGCGCUGUGCCGGCCAGGGUCGGCCUCGUGGUCGUGGGCGCUCGUGGACGGCGCCAACGUUUUCGCCCGAGACUUUGUGCUGUACCAGGGGCGGCUUUACGCCUUCGGCCAAGACAGGAGCCUCGACAUCGUCUCUAUCACCGCCGACGAAGGCGGCUCGCCGUCCGUGUCGAGCGUCGACCGCGUCAUCGACAGCGUCAUGCGGACGUCUCCGGUCCAGCCAUGCUACCUGCUGGAAUCCGGCGGCGCGCUGCUGCUGAUAACCGAAACCACGGAUACGUUGGAGGGCAUCAAGUUGUUGGCGCCUGCGGUGGCCAAGUUCGCGGUGUACGUGGCGAGCUUCGAGCUGUCGCGGUGGACGGUGGCGCGAGGCGACGUUCUGGAAGCGGUGUCCGGCGGCCGGGCGCUCUUCGUCGGGCCAUGGUGUUCCCGGUCUGUUGCUGUCGGUGGCCCCGACCAGCCCGGGAGCGUGGGAGGAAACUCCAUCGUCUUCUUCUCCUAUGCACGCCUUUACUUCGCCGCAUUCCACCGGAGAAGGAUGCCGUUCUACUGCGCCGUCUUCAACCUCAAGACGCAACGGUGGCAGGAGUGUCUCCUGCAGACAUCUGUGCAGCCGCUCAAAGGUUUCCAGGCGACGUGGCUCUUCCCUCCCAGCAAGCCAUGA